CCCGUGGGUCGCGGCGGGGAGGAGAGUAGGCGGCUGGAGCCGUCACCCUGGGCUGGACCGAGCGCAGGAGACUACGCACGGCGGCCCGGCCAAGGGAGGGAGCGAGCGAGCGAGCGGGCGAGCCCGAGAGCGGGCGGGAGGCAGCCGCUGGCGCCCGAGAGGCCGAGCGAGAUUAUAAACCAUGGCUGUGUGGAUACAAGCCCAGCAGCUCCAAGGAGAUGCCCUUCAUCAAAUGCAAGCUUUGUAUGGUCAGCAUUUCCCCAUCGAAGUGCGGCAUUAUUUAUCUCAGUGGAUUGAAAGCCAAGCUUGGGACUCAAUAGAUCUUGAUAAUCCACAGGAGAACAUUAAGGCCACCCAGCUCCUGGAGGGCCUGGUGCAGGAGCUGCAGAAGAAGGCGGAGCACCAAGUGGGGGAAGAUGGGUUCUUACUGAAGAUCAAGCUGGGGCACUACGCCACGCAGCUCCAGAACACCUAUGACCGCUGCCCCAUGGAGCUUGUCCGCUGCAUCCGCCACAUCCUGUACAAUGAACAGAGGCUGGUCCGAGAAGCCAACAAUGGUACUUCUCCGGCUGGAAGUCUCGCUGAUACCAUGUCCCAGAAACACCUUCAGAUCAACCAGACAUUUGAGGAGCUGCGACUGGUCACGCAGGACACAGAGAAUGAGUUGAAGAAGCUGCAGCAGACUCAAGAGUACUUCAUCAUCCAAUAUCAAGAGAGCCUGAGGAUCCAGGCUCAGUUUGCCCAGCUGGCCCAGCUGAACCCGCAGGAGCGUCUGAGCCGGGAGACGGCCCUCCAGCAGAAGCAGGUGACCCUGGAGGCCUGGCUGCAGCGCGAGGCCCAGACGCUGCAGCAGUACCGCGUGGAGCUGGCCGAGAAGCACCAGAAGACCCUGCAGCUGCUGCGGAAGCAGCAGACCAUCAUUCUGGAUGACGAACUGAUCCAGUGGAAGCGGCGGCAGCAGCUGGCCGGGAACGGAGGGCCCCCCGAGGGCAGCCUGGACGUGCUACAGUCCUGGUGUGAGAAGUUGGCGGAGAUCAUCUGGCAGAACCGGCAGCAGAUUCGCAGAGCUGAGCACCUGUGCCAGCAGCUGCCCAUCCCCGGCCCAGUGGAGGAGAUGCUGGCUGAGGUCAACGCCACCAUCACGGACAUCAUCUCAGCCCUGGUGACCAGCACAUUCAUCAUCGAGAAGCAGCCCCCUCAGGUCCUGAAGACCCAGACCAAGUUUGCAGCCACCGUGCGCCUGCUGGUGGGCGGGAAGCUGAACGUGCACAUGAACCCCCCCCAGGUGAAGGCCACCAUCAUCAGUGAGCAGCAGGCCAAGUCUCUGCUCAAGAACGAGAACACCCGCAAUGAUUACAGCGGAGAGAUCUUGAACAACUGCUGUGUGAUGGAGUACCACCAGGCCACAGGUACCCUCAGCGCCCACUUCAGGAACAUGUCCCUGAAACGGAUUAAAAGGUCUGACCGUCGUGGAGCAGAGUCAGUGACAGAAGAAAAAUUUACAAUCCUAUUUGAAUCACAGUUCAGUGUUGGUGGAAAUGAGCUGGUUUUUCAAGUCAAGACCCUGUCCCUCCCGGUGGUGGUGAUUGUUCACGGCAGCCAGGACAACAACGCGACGGCCACCGUCCUCUGGGACAAUGCUUUUGCAGAGCCUGGCAGGGUGCCGUUUGCGGUGCCCGACAAAGUCCUGUGGCCGCAGCUGUGCGAGGCACUCAACAUGAAAUUCAAGGCCGAAGUGCAGAGCAACCGGGGCCUGACCAAGGAGAACCUUGUGUUCCUGGCGCAGAAGCUGUUCAACAGCAGUAGCAGCCACCUCGAGGACUACAACGGCAUGUCCGUGUCCUGGUCCCAGUUCAACAGGUGUGAUCUAAUCCAGCUCAGAUUUGCAAAUCACCUGGGCAUCUUGUUAAGGUACAGCCUUGACUGCAGCGGGUCUGAGAGGGGGCCUGAAAUUCUGCAUUUCUCAGAAGCGCCCCCGGACCACGGACCACACAGCAAACCAACAGGACUAGUCAAGUCAGCCCAGGAGAAUUUACCAGGACGGAAUUACACCUUCUGGCAGUGGUUUGAUGGUGUGAUGGAAGUGUUAAAAAAACAUCUCAAGCCUCAUUGGAAUGAUGGGGCUAUUUUGGGUUUCGUGAACAAGCAACAGGCCCACGACCUGCUCAUUAACAAGCCAGACGGGACCUUCCUGCUGAGGUUCAGCGACUCUGAAAUUGGUGGCAUCACCAUUGCUUGGAAGUUUGAUUCUCAGGAAAGAAUGUUUUGGAAUCUGAUGCCUUUUACCACCAGAGACUUCUCCAUCCGGUCCCUGGCCGACCGCUUGGGGGACCUAAGUUACCUUAUCUACGUGUUUCCUGAUCGUCCAAAAGAUGAAGUGUACUCCAAGUAUUACACCCCAGUUCCCUGCGAGCCUGCCACUGCCAAAGCAGUGGAUGGAUACGUGAAGCCACAGAUCAAGCAAGUGGUCCCUGAGUUUGUGAGCGCCUCUGCAGACUCUGCUGGGGGCAGCGCUACCUACAUGGACCAGGCCCCGUCCCCGGCCGUGUGCCCCCAGGCUCAUUAUAACAUUUACCCACAGAACCCAGACCCCGUCCUUGACAACGAUGGGGACUUCGAUCUGGAUGACACGAUGGAUGUGGCGCGGCGUGUGGAGGAGCUUUUAGGCCGACCUAUGGACAGUCAGUGGAUCCCGCACGCGCAGUCAUGACCACCCUAAUGGCCACCUUCAGCUUCUCUAUCCUUGCCAGAGGAGUUACUCUUGUGGAUGUUUUAAUUCCAUGAAUCGCUUCUCUUUGGAAACAAUACUCAUAAUGUGAAGUGUUUAAUAUUAGUUGUGACUUUAGUGUUUCUGUGCAUGGUGGCACCAAUGUAGGGAGUGUGUGAGAGUGUGUGUGUGUGUGUGUGUGUGUGUGUGUGAUUGCAUGUUGUGGUGUUUCUCCCCUUUGCUGUCCAGAGUUUAGCUGCACAAACAGAAGCCACAAACAGAAGCUGUGGUUGUUUUAACCUUGUGCAAAAAGGUAGUUAGUUCCAUGAACCCUGGAACCUGGCCAUGUGUCGAGGGCAGCUGAACUCUGACAUGUGGCUGUUCAAGUGAGAGGAGGACAAAAGGAGGUGAGAGCGCCUCCUCUCCAGCGAGAUUUUGUUGCUGCGUCUGCCAAGCCAUUGAUACCUUGAUUGUCUCUGCUUUUCUUCUGAAAUGUAGAAACUGCCUUUUGACAAAGAAAGCCAGUCCUCCCUCCUUCCCUCUCCCCUGACCCCUGUUUUCCUGGUGGACAUACAGCAAUUGUUGGGGCCAGGGAAGUCGCGAGUUUUCUGAUGGGUAGUGGCUUUGUAAAUCGCACUUUAACCCAUCUAAAUGUUCUCUCUCUCCUCCGCUGUGGGAUUGCCACUUAAUUCCUACAUGUGUACGCGUGUGCAGACACGUUUGAUGAAGCAGAGGAAAGACAAGAGGGUCCCAUAACCACCGCUUACAGCACUGCCGUCCUUUGUGCUGCAGCCAGAGUGGAACGCCCAGCCCCGGCUCGCAGGCGCCGAGGGGGUCUCCGUGUUGCCCGGGAGUGGCCGUCCAGUCUGCCCACCCCUCCCCUGUGCUGCUGGAGGCACAAGCCAGGCUUUCCAAAGGCUCACUGAUAAUCGCUUUUUGCAAAUGUUGAGGGGUGUUUUUGCUUCUAAAUUGGGACUUUUUGUUUUCCCCUUCCCACCCUAAUUUGACACCAGGAUUCUUUCUUCCUGCAUCAGGUCCUGUGCUGUUGUUACACCAGCCGCCUCAUUUCCCUCACAUCACACGUGAUGUCUUGGGGAGCAGGUGGCAGAAGCCCAGGGCCAGUGCAUUCGGCGGGUGUGUGGCCCACCCGGUGCAGGGUGCAGGGUGCCAGCAUCAGCAGUCUGGGGAAACGCAGUCAGCAGGUUUGCUGGGAAGUUUGGUGAGCUGCAGAAACAAAGCAAAACAAGCCUCAGCACAAUGUUGUCUAUAGUCUCUUCCGUAGCUUUACACGGGAAGGUAGGAAUGGGCUACGGCAGGCAGGUGGGAAGAGGGGGAGGCAGGUACAGCUUUGGGGUUAGGCCUGUAACCCCCGGCCCCCUCUCCAAAAGAAGGGCCUGUCCACACCCAGGAGAGAAUGGCCCUAAAAACCUUAUUUUUAUACAAGUGAUUAAAUAAACAUAUUUUUUUUACAAAAAUAACUUCUGAAUUUAUCAGUGUUUUGAUGUUAAAGGAAAAUAUUCCUCUAUGGUAAAUUAUUUAUUGGAAGAUGACUUUUUAAAAGCUGCUGUUUGCCCUGGCUUUGUUUCAUACACUGAUUUAUUUUUCUAUGCCAGGCAGUAGAACCUCUCUGCCUCUGAGGAGCAGGCCGACCCCUCUGUGGAUACCAGCACUGACGUAGGAUGCUGCUAGGCCCCUCACUUCCCCCUCAAGAUUUGAUUAAAAUCCACCCCACCCCCCCCAGAAUGGGAGUGUUGGGGAAUGGGGGAAAUGAAGUGUGACUGCUCCCUGAGUCCAGGAGCCCCCCGCGCCCGCCACCCAGGCACCCUGAGUGUCCUGGCAACCUUCCCUGGGGAUCAGGAUCAACACCCUUUAAGAUUAGCAGUGGGCCUGGCCCCGGGCAUGCUGAGGACAGAGCUCUCCUUGCUUCUUAAUUGGCACUGGGGUUGGGGGGGCCGAGUGCCCAGGGGUGUGGCCACCCUGAGUGUGGGGUUCAGGUGUGUCCAGUGGCCGAGCUGUCCUCAGUUUUCCUGAGGCUGUGCCUGUAGAUAGGAGAGAUUUUUGACUGAAAGUUGUGCUCGCUAUCUGCAUUGUGUCUUCUCUUCUCCCUGUUCCUGCAAACCACGAGCAGGGCGACGGCAAGUCUUGACCACGUCAGCCUCUCCCUCGCUCCCGGGCACACACAAGUCGUUCAGAUGUUUCAGUGUGUGGAAUGUGCAGGGUUUUGUAGUAGGUAGUAGGGGGACUCACAGUGACUAUAACUUAAAAUGUACGUAUACUUUUUAUAAUUUUUCUUUUUAAAACUUUGUGAAAUUAUCUCAGAUACAUAUUUUAGUGUUGAGACAGAUUAGUAUAUAGCCACUGAAAAAGUAUUGUGUACAAUUGGGGGCAGUCACAAAAUUGUGUAUUUUAUGUUACAAUAAAGACUCCCUCUGAAGGGACAACAUUGA